AUGAAUGGUGGCGCAUGCGAGAUUGGUUCGGUACCAUUUCAAAAUGCCACCUGGUUAUUUGCUACAUUGUCAAAUUUCCAUGUCACAUAUGGCGUCAUACAUCCUUAUAUUGCUGUUAUACUUUGUUUCGCCGGCACAAUACUGAAUGUAAUGACAAUCGCGGUAUUAACCCGUCCAUCAAUGAUUUCACCAGUAAAUGUUCUGCUUUGUUCGGUAGCAAUUUGUGAUGUGCUCGUCAUGGCGUCGUACCUAAUCUUCGUCAUCCAUUUCUUGAUUAAUGCAGCUAAUCGUUGUUUACAUACCGAUUAUAGUUAUCCGUGGACUAUCUUUACCUUAAUUCAUGCCCACGCAUCCGUCAUUUUACAUUCUACAAGUAUAUGGCUUACUGUAUUGCUAGCUCAGAUACGUGUCUUAACAAUUCGUCGUUCCACGUUGCAUCCGUCAACUACCGUUACAAUACGUUUCACUGUUUUGCUCAGUUUAGCUACAUGUUCCAUCAUGUCGCUAUUCAAUCUUCCCAAUUUUUUAACUUUCAAGAUUGUAAGGACAUCGCCAGAGUUAUUUCUUCCAUGCUUAGUCAAAUUUUCCGAGAAUUCAUCGUUACACGACAAAGUUGACGAUGAUUACACCGAGCAAAAUUCGGAUUAUUCACAAUAUAAUGAUGAAUAUCCGGUUUACAUGCUUGUCGCAUCACAAGGCAAUUGUCUGAAGCUCAAGUUAGCAUUUUGGUCAAAUGGAAUACUCUUUAAAGUGGUGCCAUGCUUGUUGUUAACUAUAUCAAUUAUUGUACUGCUCAAAGUGAUUGCCGAUUUGUCACGUCAAAGGCGACAUCUUGCGCAGUUGAUGAAGAGAAAGGUGCCGAAAGAUCAUACAACACCAAUGCUUGUCGCAGUUUUAUCAAUAUUUCUUAUCACGGAGUUACCACAAGGUGUUAUGAAUGUAUUGACAGGCAUUUUUACUGGUGAUACUUUUCAUCAAAAAGUUUACUUACCCCUGGGUGAUUUUAUGGAUCUUUUAUCAUUAAUCAAUUCAGCUGUUAAUUUUUUAAUUUAUUGUAUUAUGAAUAAACGCUUCCGUGUUACAUUCCUCCAGUUGUUUUGUGGUUUUUUUACAAACCGAAAGCUUUCAAGAGUAGUAGAAGAUUACAGUCGUAUGGAUUAUGCUUAUGAAUCACCAGGACAACGUAAUCGAAGUACUGAUGUAAGUCGAACCGAACAGCUUAUACCUACAUCAUCACAACAUCAGCCAAGUGCUACAUCAGUUUUUACCAGCUUAUCAGUGACACGGGAAGAGCCUUUGCAGAAUUAUAGAAAAUUCACAGGCAAUUUAUUAACUGUUGAGGGUAAUCACUGCCGAAGGAUGACUAUUGUAACUGGUCAGGAAGAGAGUAAAGAGUGA